AUGGCGGGCAGGGGGCCGUCCACGACCCCGCGGGGGCGAUCCUGCAGGGACGGGGGCGCCGCAUCGAGGGGGCCUCGCACUGUGGAUGCCCACUCCGCCUGUCAGAAGAUCAGGACAGGCCAGGACGCUCUGCUGGCGCGCAAAGGGCUGUCGAGUGCAGAGGCCGGCCCGUCAUGGUCGCUGUACUGCGUCUGCGCGGGCCACGGCGGCGUGGAGGCCGCGAACUACGUGAGGGACGGCCUGUGGAGGGAGCUCAGGGCGCUGCUGCCGCGCCAAGCGAUGCCAGAGCGCGAGGGGGACGGUGGGUGGCGCCUUAAGUACGGCAACGCUCGGUCGCCUGGGCCCAGGGGCCCACCAAUGGGCUUGCAGUACUUGCUCCAUCAGGGCCGGUCAAGCAAAGCAUGGAUUGAGCGGAUAGAGAAAGUGCAUUGUUGGUGGUUCUUUGUCUUAUUUCACGAAUUUUGA